CAUUGUUUUCUACAAAUCAAUUUUAUAUUUCGCGCAUGAAUACGUUAUCUAAUUUCUGAUAAUCUAACGUUUGAUCUACUGGCGACGUCUCCGCGGUCGAUGUCUAUUCAAAACUAAAUGUUAAACGUAGAAAAAUAUCCACCUUUCGACUUGUAAGGUCGAACAUGUGGACGCACGGCUGUUUCUAAACACCUCCGACCCUAAAUAUUGAAUUUCGAACACUACAAAAGCAUCGAAUGUAAGACUGCCAACGUAUAUAAUAACCGAUGAUUACUUUUUACAAGGGUGAACGUGAAAGGAGAGCCGGUGCAAGAUAUUUAAUAACGUCUGUACAUAUAUUUGUAUAAAAAUUCGACGCAAAUUAUAUGUAAAACUCGGAAGUGAAACUUGUGCGGUUUUCUCAUUUCGUUCAAUAUGAUUCGCAUAAAAUUAGUUAAAAAUAUGCUACAAAUUAAAAACAAGAAAAUACUGUUACAGAAAAGGUGUGCUCUUCCCCAGAUUUUAUCGACUGCGAAGUACAGCGCCUCGAAGAAAGAUAAAAUUGAUGAGGAAUUUGAUAAGCCAAUAAAAUUUUCAACAUCUAAGGCAGCAACGUUUCCUGCUGCUUAUACGAAUGUAGGCCCUGACGAGCCUUGGUACCAAGCACCAGUUAUAGGUAUAAGCCUGAUGAUAUUUAUGAUAUACUUCUGUAUACUAAGGGAAGAGAAUGAUAUUGAUGAGAAAAUGGUAGAAGGUAUACCACCAGAGAUUCUGGAGCAAAUCUAUGGAAAACCAAAACCAAAGAAAUGAGGUGGAGACACUUUAAAAUCUGCAGUUUAUUUAGUACAUGUACAGAGAGACCUUCGUUAACCGAUGGAGAAUUAUGAAUAAAUAUUAGAGGGGAUAUAGCAAUUCACCCCA